UUGCGAUGCCGUUGACGAGCUGGGCUUGGUAAAGAUCGGCGUCGGUGCACAUUAUUAGCACGGCAACGUUUACUGAAGGCUGCAUUUUUAUAUCCUCGUCCCUCACUAAGCAACAUACAGCAGAGGUAUACAGAUCCGCCUCUAACUUUGAAGUUAACGUAGCUUUGUUUUCUUGCUGGUGUAACAUAUUUUACGGUGAGAAAAGUCUGUUCGGUGAAAUUACAAUUGGAGGGAGCUGCUGACUGCGAACUUAGCUCUUUGUGUGUAGAACUGUUUAUGAGAAGGAAAACUAACACGCACCUUAAGCUAGCAUGUUUCUGCAAAUAAUUUUUUUUAUUUCCGCAUUCUGUUUUUUUUUUUUUUCUCAACUGCGAAGCUUUCUUUUCGAGGAGCCCGUUCGAUAUAUCUCUUGGUAGAACCGCACUGUGUUCAAGUGAAUGCCAAUGUUUCAUCUCAUAAAACUUCAUUAUUUGACGCACUUUCGAAUAACUAAUUUGCUUAACACUGUCCUUUACGUCUGUGGACCAGGGUAUGAAAUAUGCUAAUAAAGUCUUUCGAGCUUUGCCUUUUGUCUAAACACACGGAUGACAUUGCAGGUUGCUGUGGCACGACGGUCCAGAACCGUUUCAGCCUCUCCACUUCUCACCGACAAGUGGCGCCGCACCUGAAGGAAGCAACUGACUGUUUCAUGAUAAGAAACUUCAAGCCGUACCGCCGCUUGUUGCGCUUCUUCGGUUGCUUCUUCAUACAGGGCCUCACCGAAGAUGCCUACCCGAGGGCCCGUGUAACGUGGUGGACAUCUUACACUCUCUAUUCUCUGGCGUGGUUUUCGUCGAUGGUCUAUAUAGAAAGCGAGUAUAUAGCAGCAGCCGUCUACGCUAUCAUGGCCGGCGAGUUCGUCCAGUCCGUCGUGGCAUUUCUAAAGAUGUCCGUGGUGACGAACGUCUUCAUCAACAUCGCCUCCAUGACGCUCGGCACCAGGCGUCUGCUGGAGUUCUUCCGCAACUGCGCAAGGUAUGAGAAGUCCGCGAAAUUUCCGUCCCCGGCAUCGCGCGGAUCCCGGAGGCCACGCUAUCACAUCAGGCUAAUCAGGACCGUCAGUCUUACGGCUGUCGUCACGGCGUACGGCACCAUAUUAGCGGCGUAUUACGGGCCUCGAGGAACUCGAGCUCAGUGGAGCGCGUUCAGCAAGGCCGUUGGCGUGGCGUCGCUGGCGGUGAGCAUGUUCUACGAGUGGAUCGUGUACCUCACGCUGAGUUCCACCUGCGAGGUCCUCGCACUGUACGCACGCGACCAGAGGGCAGUCUUCGAGGAGAGCCGCCACGAGGACGCCACCGCCUCUUCCGGGACUGUCGUCGAGGCGGCGACGACCGGUCCCAGACCGUCACCCUCGUGGAUGGUGGAAUCGGUACGCGUCAACUUGACCCGUAUAAGAGAGCUUAAGACAUCCAUCAACGACAUCUGGGGCGUGGCACUCGCCUUCAGUGCGGUGACCUCGCUGCUCGCGAAAUGCUCCGCUCUGCAUCAACUCAUCAAUACGGGUGGCCACGGCGUUGCCGCGCUCCUGAUGUCCCUCCAGGCGAUACACAGCGCGACGAGGUUCUACGAGCUCGCCUUCAUCAGCCAGUCCUUGCGUGACGAAGCUAACGACUUAAAGGAAUCUGCCAAGGCUGCGGCCAUGCUAGAAGCCGAUGAUUCGUACAGCAAGCAGGUACUUUUCUUGCAAGACAGCAUCGAUCCGGACGAGAUGUGCCUCAGUGGCGCGGCCUUCUUUCGGCUUGGUAAACCUCUCAUAAUUUCGAUGAUGGGCGCCGUCAUCACCUACACGGUCAUCUUAACUCAGACAGGGCAACAUUUCACCUAA